CUCAGCUAAUCAUUAACAACCAUUCUAUUGCUCUGAGAUGAAUGUGCAUAUAAUAAAACCUACACAUAAACAAACCAGAGCAAGCUCAUGUCUGGCCAUAAAUAUGAACUUGUGCAGGUGCCUGCAGGGUCAAUCCGUUGAAAGUGAAACGCUUUCUCUUGCUGUGUCAGUGCCUUUGUCUCGCCUGUCAUCGCCUACAGCAAAAAGAAGAUUAGGCUGCAGGUGACCACAGGUGGGGCUUGUCCAAAAGUAAUUUACAUAUCUGGGUGAGGAACACAAGGAAACCGGACAAACCCUGGUGACUUCAGAUUUUACAAGCAUAUAAGCGUCGAUCCUCUCCUGGUCCACACGCCUCCCUUUUACUGUACACUUUUUCUGUCUUGAGCCACUGAGGUAAGACUCCAAACGCUGCAAUAAUGCCUCCCCCCGGUGUGUGUUUGAAUAUUAUGGAGGCUCGUAGCAAACAAGACGGCUAUGGGAAGUUCACCAGCCCUGACAGGUUCUUUGGCCAAGACUUCCAGCAGCUGAAGCAAUACUGUCUCAUCAAAGGAGUGCGCUACAUCGACGACAUGUUCCCUCCUGACAGGAGCUCCAUCGGUCAGGGCUUACUGAGCCCCUCUGACCUGAGCCGUGUGGUGUGGCUGAGACCAGCGAAAAUUGUUGCUAAUCCGUCCUUUGUACUUGAUGGUAUCUCCAGGUUUGACUUUGGUCAAGGAAUACUUGGAGACUGCUGGUUCCUUGCAUCUCUCGGAGCUUUAACAUUCCAGAAUCACAUCUUUGGUCAAGUUGUCCCUCUUGAGCAAACAUUUGAUCAGAGCUACUGCGGGAUAUUUCACUUCAGGUUCUGGAGAUUUGGAAGGUGGGUGGAUGUGGUCAUUGACGACAAGCUGCCUACAAUCAAUGGCAGAUUGAUCUUCGUUCAUUCAAAAAACCAAAAUGAGUUCUGGCCUGCUCUGCUGGAGAAAGCCUAUGCCAAGGUAUGUGGUUCCUACACCGACAUGAAUGCUGGAACUCCUGCAGAGGCUUUGAUGGACUUCACUGGUGGUGUCCACAUGUGCAUCCUGCUGUCGGAACCUCCUCCAAACCUGUGGGAGCUGAUGUGCAGAGCUGGUCAGUCCAAAACACUGAUGAGCUGUGGUACGCACAAAGGAGCGACAUCUGCUAACACUGUGCUACCAAAUGGACUGGUCCAAAGCCAUGCCUACACUGUGACAGGUGUCAAACAGAUGGUGAGCAGAGGGCAGCCGGUAAACUUGGUGCGUUUGUGGAACCCUUGGGGCAGAGGAGAGUGGAACGGAGACUGGAGUGAUCGGUCACCUUUGUGGCAAACUGUGAGUCCUCAAGAUCGAGAAAUGUGUCUUUCAGUGGCUGAUGAUGGAGAGUUCUGGAUGACCCUGCAAGAUUUCUGUAAGUUCUUCAUGGAUCUCGACAUCUGCGGCCUGAGUCCAGACUUCCUGGAUGGAAGCUCUUCUGGCCUCUGGAAUACCUCCAUAUAUGAAGGCCGAUGGGUUGCAGGAACCACAGCCGGAGGCUGCAUAAAUAACAGAGACAGUUUCUGGACUAAUCCACAGUUUCGAGUCAAGGUUUCUGGUGAAUACUCAGAGAAAGAGGGUGAAAAAAACAUCCUGGUGUCUCUCAUUCAAAAGCCUGACAAGAGGAACAGACGUCUGGUGCAAAACCUGCAUAUUGGAUUCACUAUAUUUGAGGCGACACAGAGAGGCAAAUUCCCAGCCUCCUUUUUCAACACCCACGCACCUGUUGGACAGACUAAAACGUACUUUAAUGCCCGUGAGGUGAUGGAGUUCAUGAUGCUGAAGCCUGGUGAAUACUUGAUCGUUCCCUCCACCUUCAAUCGCAAUGAGUCAGCCUCCUUCGUCCUGACCAUCCACUCCAAGAUAGAGACCCAGUGCUAUGAGAACUCUAAUGACCAUAAACAUGAACCAGCUGAAAAGCGCAAGAAGGUCAGGAACGCACAGGAGGAUGAAAACAAGAAAGACUUUUUCCGUCAGUACUCUGACAAGUAUGAAGAAGUGGAUGCUGAGCAGCUCCAGAGGCUUCUGAAUGAAAAUAUCCUCAAAGGGGACUUGAAAUCUGGAGGCUUCAGCAUUGAUGCGUGUCGCAGCAUGGUUGCUCUGAUGGAUACAUCGAUCACAGGCAAACUGAACGGAGGGGAAUUUGUUCGUCUGUGGAACAAGGUCGUCGCGUACAAGGACAUUUUCUACCUCAUGGAUGUUUCACGAACAGGAACUUUGUCUCUGACUGAGCUGAGGAAUGCAUUCAUAGCUGCAGAAUUCAGAAUCAGCGAUGACAUGCUCAACCUGAUGGCCUUGCGCUAUGGCGCCUCCUCUGGUCACAUGACACUGGAGAGCUUCAUCAGUCUCAUCCUUCGCCUGGACUGCAUGAACAAAAUCUUCAGAGAGCUGUCUGAUGGAAAAGGCAUGAAUCUUCGAGAGUCUGAGUGGAUGUACAUUUCAAUGUAUACUUAACCCAGCAGUCAUCUGGAAAAAAACACCAAAAUGUUUUCUUUUCAUUUGUCAAAUUGCACAAUGAAAACAAUGACUGUUUUUUAGUCAACGAGCCACUGAUACGGUAUGUGUCAAAAUGAAAAGGCACUUUUAAAACUUUGUCAAGAUAUUACAAGACCCAUCAAUGUGAAACCAGAACCAAUCUACAAACAUGACGACAAAACACCCCUGUGGACUGGAGGUGGAACCUUAUUUUCUGUUAGAUAGAUGGAAAUGCUGCAGACACUGUGUUAUUUGUAAAAUUAUAAUGUAAAUGUAUCCCUGUGUUUUGAAUAACUCAUUAUCCAAAUACAUUUCAGAUUUCAUUGCACGAUAUGAGCUCAAUUUAACUACAAUAUUCACACUGAUCAGUUCCAACCAUUUUUCAAAUAAAAUUAAGCUCAGCAAGAA